AUGAGUCCCAUGAUUGACGACGAAGAAAGAGAAAAUGAGUCUCUAGCAGUGGAAGAAGAUGUUGACAAGGCAGAGUCGAAAGCUGGCGAUGAAACGAGCGAAGAUGAAUCCGACAGCGAUGAGGAAGAGGGAGAGGUUACCAACAGGAAUGGAAAGUCUGUCAAAGACCUUCUUGAAGAGUUGCUGAAAGAAAUAAAAGAUGGAAACAAAGAUCUCACAAGCAGCAGCCAGUUGAAGUCCUUCAAAGCCAAUGGCGGCGACGGCCACACCUUGGCGUCCAACACGGGAGAUCCUCGCCAGCCGACAGCUUUACACAUCAUGGCCGCAAUGGACAAGAAAGAUUUACCAAAGCUGGACAGUAAGAUGGAGCCUCUCAUCAAGUUCUUGGUGGAACAUGAAAACGAUCUACUCAGAUCGCAAGACCGAUCAGGCCAUACGCCUUUAUUCCUGGCUAUUGAAGCCAAAAAAGAGAAAAUGGUUCAGUGGAUGUGCGACUCUCACCCAAAUAUUAGUGCAAUCUUGGCCAUUUCCAGCAACGAUAAAGAUAAAAUGAACUGCCUUCACAUUGGUAUCGAUAAAAGGGUCAAGUUUUUGGACCUUCUCAUUGACAGAGCGGAGCCGGAGACUCUGGCGGCCAAAGAUGGAGACGGCAACACGGCGUUACACCUUGCCGUCGAGUAUAAGAAAUGUAAAAAAGAGCAGCUAGAUAUCAUUCAGAAAAUUAUCGCCAAAAGCGACGCUGCCGUGCAACGCAGUUCUGAAGACGGUGACUUCAACAACGACGGGCUAUCGCCAUACCUUCAUCAUAAAGAGAGUGUCAGGAAGGCUUUGGCCAGGGAGAAAGAGAAAGAGAGAAAGAAAGCCAAGGAAGAGAAAGAGCGUGAAAAGAACAAUGCCCGUCUUCGUGGCGAAGCCGCUGAAGCCGACAACUCCACGCAAAACCGAGAGACGGCUCCGAGAUCCCAAGGCCCUGGGGGGCCGGGAGCUCCCAGUGUGCAAGCUCCAGAUCCCAGCGGACGCCCAGACAGACGGCCGAACAUUCAGAUUGACUCCUCUCCACCUCCACUGACAAAUAGAGACGAGAUGAAGAAGCUAGCCUUGCGUCCACCUGAGACAACUGUAGCAAAGCCAGCUGCUGACGCAAGAUCAGUCACAGACAGCGGCCACAAAUCUAAAAUCGACGAAGGAACUCUUAAAGGUGUAGAGCGUCUUCUGAAACUUCAUUAUCUCCGUUCACGCAGCUACAAUGCUGCCAUGGAAAUUUUAUAUGGGCGCAAUACAACUUCAGACUAUGAGUUGUAUUUCGACUUGUCCGGACACGCGAACAUCGCUCAGACUGGUUUUGAGAAUUUAUUGUCAAAGCUCAAGUUCGAGGAUAUUCUCCAAUACGUUGCCAUUCCAAGGCUUAAUGUGGAGGUGAAUAUGAACGCAGCAAACAGUAAACGGUCCCGUGGCACCGGCCGUUCCCCGAAACAGGACGGUGACGGCCGACGAGACUUGUGUUACAUAUUCGAUCGCUUGAGAAAGAAGGGAGUUAAAACAAUUCUUAAAGUCAUCAUUGACGACUCAGUCUCGCCUGCUCACAGCGAUGAAGCUAUUGAAGACGCCUUGAAAUUUAUGGACGUGGAGAUUUGGGAUUGGAAAAGAAUAGAUUUGUGCUCCGAGGUCAUAUUCAGAGUGGCAUCUAAAGCACGCGAAGUCAACUUAUACUGGAGCGGCAAUAAUGCGGUGCUUAGAGGAUGGAGCGAAGAGGGCGGGCUAAAGAGACUUCGAGAACUGAAAACAGUUCAUCUACAUAUCCAGCAGGGCCUUGAAACCAAUAGUCGAACGAAACAAAACGUCGAAGAUUUUUGUGAUCGCAUGAGGAAACUAUGCCCCGAAGUCGAUGUCCACAAGGAGUGGCCGAUUAUACAAAGAGAACAAGUGGAUGCCAACGCUCUCUUGCUCGGAGAUCAAGCUGAGCAUUCAACCAAACACGAAUGGAUUCAGUGCAUGAAGGAAUUCCGACGCCUGCUCUUUGACGCUGAGCGCUAUUACGACCGUGGAAAGGUGGAGGAGAUCAUCGAAGAACCCAUCAAGAUUGCUCUUAUUGACGAUGGAGUGGACGUAAAAGAUUUGGAAUUUAGUUUCAUCGGAGGACGAACCUUUUGCACACGAGAUGAAGAGCAUAAUCUUAACGAUCCUUACUAUGUGUCCAGCACAGGACAUGGUACCAUCAUGGCAAAGCAAAUCCACCUGUUGUGUCCUCGAGCGCAAUUUUACGUCCUGAGACUGGAGGAUCAUGCCUCAGAAGAAGGUAAUGUCCGGCAACUUACGGCUAAGAGUGCCGCUCAGGCAAUCAUGGCAGCAGUGAGGAAAAAGGUGCACAUCAUUUCCAUGUCGUGGACCAUCGACCCUCCCGAAGAUGAAGAAGAGAGACGAUUUCUCGACGCAGCCAUUGUGGAAGCUGCCAAUGCAGACAUUCUUAUGUUCUGUUCUGCUAGUGAUAAAGGCGCCAAGCAGAACGCAACGUAUCCCUCAAAGGCCACGACCAAAAUCUUCACCAUUGGCGCUGCUACAGCCUCAGGCGCAGCAGACCCCUGGGUUGGUAACCUUGGGAACAUCAAUUUUACUUUCCCUGGUACCAAGGUCGAAAUGGACGGCCCCCGAUCCAGCACCGAUACCUCGUCGAGAGAGGUUACGGGCUCAUCCGUUGCGACCGCUUUGGCUGCGGGUCUUGCUGCCCUGGUUUUGUACUGCGUUCAAGUGCGAUUGCUGCUGGCGACUGACCAGGACAAACAAAAGGCGCGUCGUGAUUUCCAGCUCCUGAAGAAGCAUGACCACAUGAUGAAGGCGCUCAAGGACAUUGGUACGACGGAGGAAAGCAACCACAAAUUCAUCGAGGUGUGGGAGGUGUUUGGCAAGAAGGUGGAAGAGAAGGAGAGAUAUGACCAGGAGAGAUGGCUCGAUCUGAUUGCUGAGGUGGGUACGAUUCUGUGCAGAAAGAUUGGCUAG